AUGAAGACUAGAACAUUUUUUCAGAAAUAAUAAUAAUAAUAGAUGAAUAAGAAAGAACAAAAAAAAUUGAAUUUAAACGAGAUUAAUCAAAAAGAGCCAGUCUUUAGUGAUAAUAUUGAGUAAUCAAAAAAGAUUAAAUCAUUAAGGCAAUUAGCUGAAGUUAUUGAAUAUGUAACAUCGCUCAUAAUGCCUUUCCUAACUUUGAGAGUGUUUAACAGCAAAAAAUAAAAUUAAAUUGAUGAUUUUUGUUUUGGCUAUUACCUGCAGUUAUUUAAUUUAAAUGAAAUUACUAUUUAAUCUUUUGGAUUAGAGGGAAUCUUCGUCAUUCCAACACCUUACUAAAAAGCAUCUGAUUAAUUUAGUACAUUUAAGAUAUUUUACUAUAUGAUAAAUCUUAUUAAUUAAUAAAAUAUUUAGGAUAAGGAUAUAAAAGUACUUAUAGAAGACCUUAGAAAACAAUAUUAAGAUGUAUUAUUAUGUUGGAAUAAUUAAAUGAUGCUUUUUUUAGAAUAAAAGGAUGAAGAUAAAAAUAAUAUGGAUGGUUUCAUAUCUACUAUGAAGAAGUUAUUUUCAGACAAUUACCUAGUGAAAUUGAAACACAUUUUUCAGAUACUAUGCGCUAUAUUAAAAUUAAUCCAUGUCAACGAUUUAAAUUAGUCAAAACCUGAAACUAAAACAGAAAAUGAGGUUAAUUAAGAAGUUCAAUAAAAAGAAGUUAAAUAAAAAAAGGAUAUAGGUAUAACAUAUAGCUAAGUUUUUGAAAUAUCUACAAAUGAAACCGAUUUUGACGAAGAAGAUGAAAAUAAUUUAUAAAUGGAUUUAUAAGAUCAAGGGGGUUCCAAUUAAGAUCGAAAUUCAUCCUAAAAGGAAAUCCCAUUAGAAGAUUAAUUAUAAAAUAUUUUUUAGGUUUUACAAGGUGGAGAAUUAGAUGAAAAUACUAAAACUCAAAUUCGAGGAUUAUCUAAAAAUUAUUAAGGCACGGUUAGAGCUUUCCGAAUGAACUCGAAUAGAAUAAUUGGUUAUGCAUAAUUUCUUUAUUCUACACUAAUAAAGUUCUUCUUUAAUGAUGUAGGGUGCGCUUGCUCUAAUAAAGCAAAGGAAUUCUCAAAAGAUAAAUAAGGUGAAGCAACAUUUUUUAGAUUUUCCGAUAAAAUAAUUGGAGGGAGUAGAGCAAGGCCAUUCUUAUCCAAUUGUUAUUUUGUUAAUCUCUAAAGGGAUUUGUUGAAUUGUUGGCUUGAAACCAACAAAAACUGUAGUGAGAAGAGUAAAACAGCCUUGCGGUUAGUAGUAGAGAAUGUCGAGUAAUUAGUUAAAAAAAAUGAUCAACCAAGCAUCCGAGAGUUCUUUAAGGAUCUUAUUUCUUAAUAAUAAAAUGGUAAGCAAUAAUUCAGUAACAACCUUCUUAUUCUAAUCGGUCAUAAAUCUGAAAAUAGUGUUGCAAAUUAUACUACUAUUUAUGAAUUAGAUAAUUAUUGUGAAGUAGAUAAAUAUGAUAUAGAUGAAUCAGACAAAAAAUUAUUAAAGACUAGUACCAAUUAAUAUUUGAAUCAAAAUGGAUCAAAUAAGGACAAUUAGGACAAUUAGGAAAGUAAGCCUUAAAAUUGCUCUUGUGUGGUAAGUGAAAUUCUCUAGAAUUAUGCUAAUGUCUAAAAAAUAUAAAAUAAGGUUUAUAUUUAUGAAAUUGGUAAACAGAGUUUAAAUGAGUUUCUAAAAAAAUAUAUUAAUGAAAUUAAGGGAUAAUAAUCAUAAGGCAGGAGGAUAACGAGAUUAUAACAUUAUAACUCUAACAAUCAUUCGGAAGGCACUUCCCCAGAUGAUGCCUCUAAUUUUGAGAGGCAAAUAUAACAAUGA